ACGAGAAAUCAUAACAGACUUCUUAAAUCAGCCACCAUCGCAUCGCCACUGCCACCAACCGCCGGUCGUUUAACACUGAUCGCCAUUGGUACCUCAUACCUCCAUCCACAUCUCACAAAUUUUACAUACAAAUUGAAGCUAAUAUAAACUGAAAUUUGCGUAAAUUUUAGUAGUUUUCCUUUUCAUUUUGGCAUGCUUUGGUUGAUUAAUUAGGGUUUAGAAACUAAUUAGGAAAUGGUGAAGCUGAGAUACUCAAGGAUACAAGUGAGGAAAUGGUCGACAUUGUCGAUGGUAUUGAAGAUGCUUUUUAUGCUAACGGUGAUUCUGUUGAUGCUAUUGGGUCUUGGGAUUUUCUCCCUUCCCAUAAGCAGCGACGAUGCCUCUCCCAAUGAUCUCACUACUUCGUACAGACGUCUGGCCGUUGAAAGAGAUGAUAAUGGUUUGGGAAAGAGAGGAGAGCAGUGGACUGAAAUUCUUUCUUGGGAGCCUCGAGCAUUUCUUUAUCACAAUUUCUUGUCAAAGGAAGAAUGUGAGUACUUAAUAGCUCUGGCCAAACCACACAUGACAAAGUCAACUGUGGUGGAUAGCAAGACAGGUCGAAGCAAAGAUAGCAGGGUUCGUACAAGUUCUGGAAUGUUUCUGAGGAGAGGACGGGAUAAAAUUAUUAGGAGCAUUGAAAAAAGGAUAGCGGACUUCUCUUUUAUUCCUGUAGAGCAUGGAGAAGGAGUUCAAGUUCUUCAUUAUGAAGUUGGGCAGAAGUAUGAGGCUCACUAUGAUUAUUUUCUUGAUGAGUUCAACACUAAGAAUGGGGGCCAACGGACAGCAACUGUUCUAAUGUAUCUGUCAGAUGUUGAAGAAGGGGGUGAGACAGUGUUUCCUGCAGCUAAGGGAAACAUUAGCUCUGUGCCAUGGUGGAAUGAGUUGUCUGAAUGUGGCAAACAGGGCCUUUCAGUGAAACCGAAAAUGGGUAAUGCAUUGCUGUUUUGGAGCACAAGUCCUGAUGCUACGGUAGAUCCUUCAAGUUUGCAUGGUAGUUGUCCUGUGAUUAGAGGGAACAAAUGGUCAGCAACAAAGUGGAUGCAUCUUGGAGAAUACAAGGUCUGAUCCAUUAUUAGUAGAGCAGGAUAGGAGGACAUGUAUCAUGUGGAUCAUUUGUGGUGAAUGGUGUUAAAAUUCCUGAUACAAGAGUCAAGAAUGGUGCAUCCCUGAUCCCUCAAACGUAGCAUAGAAAAAUAUUAUUACUUAGGCUUGAUGAUUUUAUUUUAUUUUUUGUAUUCCUCAUUUAAUGGGCCCUUUUUGGUCUUCUAACCGGGGAUUUAGGUUGGAAGUUGACCUUGAUUGGUCCUAAAAGAUAAGUUUUUGUACUUACAAAUUUAGUAGGGGAUAACAAAGGGAUAGCUGCAGCGGGCAAUGCAUCACUCCCAAUAGGCAAAUUGUAAACAAACAGAAUAAUUGCUGGAAUACAAGUCAUCUGAUUUUUCUUCA